AUGGAGGCAGAUCCGAUAGAAGCGGCGGCAGCGGCAGUGUCGGUGGAGGAGCAGCGGAAGCAGCAAGCGCUGGUGGACUAUCGCAAGAAGCUGCUUCAGCUCCGGGAGUUAGAAGCGCGAGUUAAGACGCUGCGGGAGAAUCUGAAGGGCGCGCGGAAGGAUUACGACAAGACGGAGGACGACCUGAAAGCGCUGCAGAGCGUGGGGCAGAUCAUCGGCGAGGUGCUGCGACAACUGGACGAGGAGCGACGUGAGUUUGAGAGGGUUGAUGGAGAGACACGUGUGUCGUCCCUCCUCUACCCCCCCCCCUUCCACGCUUGGCUGCUCGCACUGAUGGGCAGCAAUCGCACUGCUCUCGCAGUCAGCAGUGGCUACGUGGCGGGGUGUCGCAGCAAGGUGGACAAGAGCAAGCUCACCGCCGAAUUUGUGUCUUGUCCCUCGCUCCCCCGCCAUCCAUCCCCACACGCAGUGAUAGUGAAAGCCAUCAGCGGCCCGCGGUACGUGGUGGGGUCUGAGGAGCCUCAAGAGUUCACUUUUUACCUGACCCCCCACACACAUAACAGCUCGCGCGCAGUGACUGUGAAGGCGAGCAGUGGCCCGCGCGUGAUUGUGAAGGCGAGCAGUGGGCCGCGGUACGUGGUGGGGUGUCGCAGCAAGGUGGACAAGAGCAAGCUCACAGCCGGCACGCGGGUGGCGCUCGACAUGACCACACUCACCAUCAUGCGCGCACUGCCACGGGAGGUGGACCCGCUGGUGUACAACAUGCUCCACGAGGACCCGGGGAACGUCAGUUACAGUGCCAUCGGCGGGUUGGGAGAUCAGAUCCGCGAGCUGAGGGAGUCCAUCGAGCUGCCCCUCAUGAACCCCGAGCUCUUCCUGCGUGUGGGCAUCAAACCCCCCAAGGGCGUGCUGCUGUACGGCCCGCCGGGGACCGGCAAGACGCUGCUUGCGCGUGCCAUCGCCAGCAACAUCGACGCCAACUUCCUCAAGGUCGUGUCAAGCGCCAUUGUCGACAAGUACAUCGGGGAGAGCGCUCGGCUGAUCAGGGAGAUGUUCAACUAUGCGCGCGACCACCAGCCGUGCAUCAUCUUUAUGGACGAGAUCGACGCCAUUGGCGGGCGCCGCUUCAGCGAGGGCACGAGUGCCGACCGCGAGAUCCAACGGACGCUCAUGGAGCUGCUGAACCAAUUGGACGGCUUUGAUCAGCUCGGACGGGUGAAGAUGAUCAUGGCCACCAACCGCCCCGACGUGCUGGACCCGGCGCUGCUGCGGCCGGGGCGGCUGGACCGCAAGAUAGAGAUCCCGCUGCCCAACGAGCAGGGGCGCAUUGAGGUGCUCAAGAUCCAUGCGCUCGGCAUCACCAAGCAUGGCGAGAUCGACUACGAGGCCAUUGUGAAGCUGGCGGAGGGCUUUAACGGGGCUGAUCUGCGCAACGUGUGCACGGAGGCGGGCAUGUUUGCCAUCAGAGACGAUCGCGACUAUGUUGUGCAUGAGGACUUCAUGAAG